AUGGCCAAAGAAAGCAGUGCAAUGGACAAGCUCUCGGAAAGUCCAAUCGAAUUUAUCAGAGAAGGUAGCCAAUUUCUAUCCAAAUGUAAGAAACCAGAUGUCAAAGAAUACACCAAGAUUAUCCGUGCUGUGGGUAUUGGUUUCGUUGCUGUAGGUGCCAUCGGAUACGCCAUCAAGUUGGUGCAUAUUCCUAUCCGUUACUUAAUUGUGUAA